AUGCUAAAAUCUCUCUCUUUUUCUCUUUUCUUUCUGUCCAUAGCCCCGUCUCCCGUCAACUCCAUCCAGGCCAAGGACAUUACCAGACACACCAUCUCCCUGGCCUGGCAGCAGCCUGAGAAAGCCAACGGGGUCAUCCUGGAGUACGAGGUCAAAUACUACGAGAAGGUGAGGUGGGAAAUGCAGUUCUCUGGGAAAUGCAGUUUUUUCCCUUAGGCUUCAAAAUAACAUUGAACUUGACAGGUUGAGAAUUCUCCAUUUUUAUGAACAGUGAAAAGGUGACAACCCGACACUGUAGCCUUUCACGGAGCUGAAGUAAGAGCCUUUGACAUGCCAGGAAAACCACCUCAACUAUUUUCAUCCCUCUCUCUCCUUCAGGACCAGAAUGAGAGGAGUUAUCGCAUCAUCAAGACGUCGUCUAGGAACACUGACAUCAAAGGCCUGACCCCUCUGACCUCCUACGUGUUCCACGUGCGCGCUCGCACCGCCGCCGGCUACGGAGAGUUCAGCGCUCCCUUCGAGUUCAUGACAAACUCUGGUGAGUGGGGAGCUACCUUGACAGCAUCGCACAAAUCACUGUGAUGAUGUCAUAGUGACACAGAGCAAGUGACAACAUGUGUUCUGUUUUAGCACGCGCUACCCUCUUACAUCUUUCUCACAGCUUCUGACAUGUUGGAACAUGAAUGUUAUAGUCAUAGUGUCAGAUACUGAUAUCACUUGUUUUAAUAUAUCUGAAUAACACCUAAAUAACCUCAUAAAAUUAUAUAAAACAUUCAACAAACAUUCAAACUCAUAAGCAUAAAAAUGACUGUUAUGAACAGUCCUAUGUCAUCUGAUCUCCCCUGUCAUGUGGGCAGGAUGACGUCUGUUCUGUCCUAUAGUGAAACCUUCUAGGCACAGGUGUCUCUUUGUGAUGAGAUAGAGAUAGAGAUAGAGAUAGAUAUAUAGAUAGAGAUAGAGAUAGAGAUAGUGACCCAUGAUAAUUACACGCUGAAGCACACAGCUCUUUGCUGGGUGGACUGGUACUGCAUUGUGUCUCAAUGGGGACUCAUAAAAUUGAGGAUAGGGAACAGGGACAAAUACUCUGGGCCACACACAGAGGGAGAGAGUAAGGAGAGGAGGUUAAUGAUGAUGGCCAAUAGAACAUGUACUGUAGGUUUUAAGUCUCUGGACCUGAUCAGACUGAAUGAAAUUGACGUUACUCUGUCUCCGUCCACCCACUCUUUCUCUACCUCUCCUUUUUCUCUCUCUCUUUCUCACUGCAUUUGUAUUCCUCUCACUUUUCACUCCCUUUUUUGUGCUGUUUUCUCCUCCUCUUUCUUCUCCCUCCCUCCUUUUCUCUCUCUCUCUCCCUUCUUCCCUUCCUCGUCAUAUCAGCAGGAUGGGAGAUCUAACUCACAGGUAUGGGAUGGGGCAAGAUCUCUCUCUCUAAGCUUCCAAGGGGGAGCAACGAGGAGUGUUCUCUCCUUGGCCUGACUCAUAUGUUAUCUCCUGCCUAGAAGAGUUCUUGGGAGCCUCUCUGCGCGCCAUUAUCUAGCUAGAGCUAGAUCUCUCGCUCCGCUCUCUCUAUUCUCUCUAUCUUCUAUCUCUAUCUAUACCCUCUCUCUCUCCUCUCUCUCUCUCUCUCUCUCUCUCUCUCUCUCUCUCCUCUCUCUCUCUCUCUCUCUCCAUGAUGAGAAUGUCUUGCUUGGCAGCUGCAGAGUCAGGCUCUAAAAAGUGGCUGUCACAAUAAGUGCACGCACACACACACGCACACACAGCCCCAGUCAGUGAUGUGUAGCCACAUGAUUGAUGGUGUGACAGCUGAAGAGAUGUAAUCAGCGACCCUCGCUCCUCUUCUCCCACUCCAUCGCCUCUUUCCUCUCUCCCCCUCUCCUCCCUCCAUCUCGAUCCCUCUAUCUCUCGCUGUGGCUGUAAUAUGGGGCGGUAGUUCGUUUCUGUGAGAGCGAGAGAGAGAGAGAGAGAGAGAGAGAGGCAGCAGGUGGAUUUGCAGUGAACCAAUCAGAGGUUGUUAACCAGUGAGCAGUAGAGCAGGACAAAGCAGUGACACACAGAUGGGAUUUCAUGCAGAUGGGGUCUCUCUCUUCACGCUUUAACCACGCUCUGUCUUUUACUGGCCUGUGUGUGUGUGUGUGUGUGUGCACUCCUGUGUGAUUGCACACUUCUAUAUGUAUGAGAGAGAGAGUGAGGGUGCUGGAGAGGGGAAUGUUUGUGUGUGUGUGUUUAUUUAUUUAUUUUUUAUUUUACAUUUAACUAGGCAAGUCAGUUAAGAACAAAUUCUUAUUUACAAUGACGGCCUACACCGGCCAAACCUGGACGACGCUGGGCCAAUUGUGCACCGCCCUAUGGGACUCCCAAUCACGGCUGGUUGUGAUACAUCCUGGAAUCGAACCAGGGGGUCUGUAGUGACGCCUCAAGCACUGAGAUGCAGUGCCUUAGACCGCUGCGCCACUCGGGAGCCCGAGUGUGUGUGUGUGAUUGCGGCUCUUCCAGCCAAGCAGGUGUCCGUCUUUGAUUCAUAUUCAUUUACGGUAACUGUCUGUCAUUGUGUCUUGACCAUCCUGAGGGGAGGGGUGAGUGGGUAGCGCUCUGCGUGGCUCAUAGAGCUGUUUAACAGUCAUUAAAAGGACAGAGAGCCACAUUGUCAUGUUUAAAAGUGAUUAGUGCAACAUUGUCCUGCACAUCUGGUGGUCUGAGACAGCGAGUGAACACAUCAAUAAUAACACCAUGGACUUGCUCUGUGGUGCUGAACCUAGCUAACCACGUCGGCCAUGUUGUUUCUGUCCCCAGAAGGAGUAAGUACAGCAAGGCCAAGCAGGAUGCUGAUGAAGAGAAACACCUACACCAAGGUAGACCACUCACUGUACUCAUCCUAUGCUAGUAGCAACGUUCACUGAUGAGCGACACCAUUCAUUAUUUCAUUGUUGCCAGAAGGGCCUCUGAAAAUAUUAUGAAAUUGGUUAAUAGAGAAAUAAAAAAAGUAUGUGGUAAAAAAAUGUGGAUUAAAUGUGUAUUCCAAAAGUAAUGCCAUAUACAGUGGGGGAAAAAAGUAUUUAGUCAGCCACCAAUUGUGCAAGUUCUCCCACUUAAAAAGAUGAGAGAGGCCUGUAAUUUUCAUCAUAGGUACACGUCAACUAUGACAGACAAAUUGAGAAAAAAAAAUCUAGAAAAUCACAUUGUAGGACUUUUAAUGAAUUUAUUUGCAAAUUAUGGUGGAAAAUAAGUAUUUGGUCACCUACAAACAAGCAAGAUUUCUGGCUCUCACAGACCUGUAACUUCUUCUUUAAGAGGCUCCUCUGUCCUCCACUCGUUACCUGUAUUAAUGGCACCUGUUUGAAUUUGUUAUCAGUAUAAAAGACACCUGUCCACAACCUCAAACAGUCACACUCCAAACUCCACUAUGGCCAAGACCAAAGAGCUGUCAAAGGACACCAGAAACAAAAUUGUAGACCUGCACCAGGCUGGGAAGACUGAAUCUGCAAUAGGUAAGCAGCUUGGUUUGAAGAAAUAAACUGUGGGAGCAAUUAUUAGGAAAUGGAAGACAUACAAGACCACUGAUAAUCUCCCUCGAUCUGGGGCUCCACGCAAGAUCUCACCCCGUGGGGUCAAAAUGAUCACAAGAACGGUGAGCAAAAAUCCCAGAACCACACGGGGGGACCUAGUGAAUGACCUGCAGAGAGCUGGGACCAAAGUAACAAAGCCUACCAUCAGUAACACACUACGCCGCCAGGGACUCAAAUCCUGCAGUGCCAGUCGUGUCCCCCUGCUUAAGCCAGUACAUGUCCAGGCCCGUCUGAAGUUUGCUAGAGUGCAUUUGGAUGAUCCAGAAGAGGAUUGGGAGAAUGUCAUAUGGUCAGAUGAAUCCAAAAUAGAACUUUUUGGUAAAAACUCAACUCGUCGUGUUUGGAGGACAAAGAAUGCUGAGUUGCAUCCAAAGAACACCAUACCUACUGUGAAGCAUGGGGGUGGAAACAUCAUGCUUUGGGGCUGUUUUUCUGCAAAGGGACCAGGACGACUGAUCCGUGUAAAGGAAAGAAUGAAUGGGGCCAUGUAUCGUGAGAUUCUGAGUGAAAACCUCCUUCCAUCAGCAAGGGCAUUGAAGAUGAAACGUGGCUGGGUCUUUCAGCAUGACAAUGAUCCCAAACACACCGCCCGGGCAACGAAGGAGUGGCUUCGUAAGAAGCAUUUCAAGGCCUAACCAGUCUCCAGAUCUCAACCCCAUAGAAAAUCUUUGGAGGGAGUUGAAAGUCUGUGUUGCCCAGCGACAGCCCCAAAACAUCACUGCUCUAGAGGAGAUCUGCAUGGAGGAAUGGGCCAAAAUACCAGCAACAGUGUGUGAAAACCUUGUGAAGACUUACAGAAAACAUUUGACCUGUGUCAUUGCCAACAAAGGGUAUAUAACAAAGUAUUGAGAAACUUUUGUUAUUGACCAAAUACUUAUUUUCCACCAUAAUUUGCAAAUAAAUUCAUUAAAAAUCCUACAAUGUGAUUUUCUGGACUUUUCUUUCUCAUUUUGUCUGUCAUAGUUGACGUGUACCUAUGAUGAAAAUUACAGGCCUCUCUCAUCUUUUUAAGUGGGAGAACUUGCACAAUUGGUGGCUGACUAAAUACUUUUUUCCCCACUGUAACAUUUAUGACAGUAUUCUCCAGUGAAAACCUAUUGACAAGAUAAAUACAUUAAUAUUAUUUUAAUGAAAUAUAACUCUGAAAUAAGAGUUAUUACACCAAUCUAACAUAGACAUUGGAUGGAGAGAUGAGGAAUGAAAGGAUAAAGGAGAAGAGAGAGGUGAAAGAGAGGAAGGCAGUAUAAAAUGAAGAACAGAGGGGGCUCUACUGGUCAGAAUGCAUUAACCUUCCCUUUUCUCUCCUCCUUUCUCUCAGGAGUGAGGAUAUACGUAGACCCCUUUACCUACGAAGACCCCAACCAGGCUGUCCGAGAGUUUGCCAAGGAGAUCGACGCUUCCUGUAUUAAGAUUGAGAAAGUAAUUGGUAUCGGUACGGACUGGACUUACUAAUGCACAUACUUUUACUAUGUCCACAUGACCGUUCUUUCAGACUGGUAAUAUUUGGCCAGACUCAUUGGGUCAAUAGAGCAAUAAAAUGACUUGGAAGGGAAAAUAUAAUGUUCCUGUUUUCCCCUGCCUGCCAGUGGAAAAAGUCAGCCGGUGACCAAAUAAUAGAAAAGAAUCAAUAGCCAUUUCCCUCUCUCUUGCUCUCUUUCUGCUCGACUGAGAAGGAGGGAAUGGGGAUCAGAGGGGGUCGAUCAAUGAUUAAAGUACAGCCCCCCUUCCCACCCCCACCUGUUCCCUUCUUUCCCUCUACUAGAAAUAAGUGUGUGGUACCUGUUAUUAGGUAUUUUCUUGACCAUGUUAAAAAAGUGAAAAUGUAUGAGUAUGUAUUUUCUUGUGAGUUUGAUAAGGUGUGUGUGUGUUUUAUAAUAAGGUGUGUAUGUGUGUUCCAGGUGAGUUUGGGGAGGUGUGCAGCGGUCGUCUGAAGAUGCCAGGGAAGAGGGAGAUCUGUGUGGCCAUUAAGACCCUGAAGGCGGGAUACACCGACAAGCAGAGGCGGGACUUCCUGUCUGAGGCCAGCAUCAUGGGCCAAUUCGACCAUCCAAACAUCAUUCACCUGGAGGGAGUGGUCACCAAGUGUAAGUAGGCUCCUGAUUGGAGGAUUUGUAGCUAAAUUACAAUCAUUUCAAAUGAUUUAAAAGGUAUAUUUUAAAUAAAUAUGAGUAAAUCAAAGUAUUGUGGAGCUGAUAAUAUAGAAACCCAAUCAUAUACUCUAUAUUUUUCCUAUGGACAACAUAAAAUGUGAGGAGACAAAAUAAACAAGCUCAGAUAAAGACUCUCUGUAAAUCAUUACAAACCACGUCUGUGGUUUUGGGUGAGUUUGGAGAUAGCAAGGGCGGGAGGGGGGUCGUUCACAUCCCAGCCCUGUUACCCAGAGGUCAGUGGGUAGGGCUGGGGGUGGUGUGGGUCUGGACAUGGAGCCCAUCCUGGGAAUCCCCAGGUGGUUGGAGUCCAGAUGGAACAGGUCUGAUGCAGGUCGGCUACAGGGGCUAAUGUGUCCUGCGCUGUAGCUAGCUCAUUAAUCAUGGUGUCAGCUAUAAAUGUGUUUGGGGUUAGAGAGUGAUACCCUAUCUGCAGGACAGACCCUGUACUGCCGCCACACCAGACGCUGGCUUCUUACCCCUUCACCCCUUCUUGUUUAGAGUGUGUGUUGGGGGAGGGGGGUGUACGUUUGGGAAACUAGUAAUGCAUUGUGUGUGUUUGUGUUUGAGAGAGAGAGUUUGUAUUGAUGUCAUACUGGUUUAGCGUUUUAUUUAUACAUGUAUUUUACUAUGAAUGUGUGUCUGUUCACCUUUGAUUAGGUACGUGUGUGUUAGUGUUACCUCAGAGUCCCAGUUAUCUUGGCUGUUGGCUGGUUAGAUGGACAGACUGGUUUAAUGAAUUGUGACAGAACAGCCAGCCCCAUCUGUCCUCUUCUCUAGGAGAUAAGACCAAUCACAGCCAGCCAUUCAGUCUGCACAGCCACAGCCUAACACGACUGAACCAUACACACCACAGACCUGAUCACUUAUCACACAUCAGACCUCUCAACGGAGAGAGAGAACCCAGAGAGGAGAAGGAGGAAGUGGGAGAAAGAGAGAGGUAGGGGAAGGGAGCAGCGAAGGGAAUCAGAGAUAAAGGAAGGAAAUAAAUAGGAGAUGAGCAGGAGAGAGAGGAUGCGAUUGAGAGAUAGAGAGAAGGAGGAUAAAAAAUGUUAGAGGGAGUGAGAUUAGGAGAGAGGAGAGCGCAGGAGAGGGGUAUAGUGGGGGGUAGAACCAUAUCCGCAGGAAGUAGGGUUGCUGAGGGUGCUGCAGCACCCCCUGAAAAUCACAAGGAAAUAAUAAUUUUACAAACGUUUUGGGGAUAAUUUCCCCCCCCCACCAAAUUAGUGCACUAGGUCUUUAAUUACUCCAGUAUAAGCGGAGUGAAGCAAAAUACGCAUCAGCAGUAAAAAAAAAGAUCACACCCCCACCCCUAAACAUCUUGUCGUGACCAUGGGUAGAGCGAUUGAGACAGGCUGAAAGACAAACAGACACGGAGAAAGAGAUGAAGAUAAUGAGUAAAUGAGAUACCAAACUGGAAACACAAAUAGAUUUUAUACAAAUAGAAAGUCUAAGCGAGGAGAGGACUGCAUCCAAUAUCCUUCUCCUUCCCUCUCCCCUUCCUCCAGUCUUUGUAAUGACAAAAAGCUUGAUGCCCGUUUCUCUGCAAUUAGUCCUUCACACUUGAGUGUGUCGGUGGAAUCUAUUAAGAAUCCAUUAUUUGAAUUUGAAUCCCUCCCUAUUCCAAUCUAGUUAAAAGGGACUUCCAUCUCGCCUCAGUACGGCAGCACUGCAUGUCCAAGAGGCCAAUUAAGUCUUAUUAAUUAUUGAUGAAGACUAAAUAUGCACUAAAUACACAAAUAGGCUAAAAUCAGAGACUCAGAGCUGAGCCAGUAUAGCCUGUCAUCUUGGCCCUUUAUUUAUUUUUUCUUAGCGUCACUCUGACAUAAUUAAAAACCCUGGCCAUCCAUCGUUAGUCGUUAAAACACUUUGAGGCUUCCCAGCUUUCCUUUAGGAAAUGCCGCAUUUAAAUUCCCACAUUUACAUAAUGUAAGCGCUGCUAAAUUAGAAAGGAUCCUUUUAUAAAAAAAUAAGGAAAUAAAGAACGCUCCAGUGAGGGUUAGUAGCAUGCCUCUUUGUGUUCUCCCAGCAGCGUCUGCUCUCUAUAAUAACGUUCCCCUAACAUUACCUCAACGUUAUCCAAACAUUAUUUUAUACGUUGUCCUCUACCCUUCCCUAGCCAUUGUUUUGGCAGGUGAUAAUCGGCCUAUUGGCGGGGCCCCUGCCCAGAGUUCAUUGCCAAAGGCGGUGGGGCGUAUUCAGUAAACAAGAUAUUAGCAUGCAAAUAGGCUGGGAGGAAGAGGGCUGGGCUGAGAAGGGGCGAGCUGAGGGUCGUAGGUCAGACGCUCCUCAGACUUGGUUGGCGAGCUGUCAAUCAGCGGCGGCCCGGGGGCAGCAGGGGAGAACAAAACAGAACAAAGAUGGUUGACAAAGAGGCUCCCCUCUCAAGUUGAACUCCACUUCCUCCUUGGGGCGUUGCUAAAGCCCUGUAAGUCAUGGAUCGGCAAUCACGCGCCGCACAGAGCCGUGACUGACAGCCUCUUGGCAAUCAGAUCGGUCCAAUGCAGCGUUGGAGAACUUCACCUUUAGACCCUGAAACUACUAACUACUUUACUCACUGGAAUUAGACACUAAUAACUAUGAAACACUCUAAUAACUCUCAAAUAUGUGAGGAAAUGUAGCUCUAAUAACAGUUAAAAUGUGAGUAUGUAAUGUACAUGUUUUAAGUCAUUCAUAAUCAUAGCACAGUAGGUAACAAUUCCAAGAGGAGUUAAAAGUAAACUCUUCGGUAUGUGUUUGAUGUAUGGCUGGUUAGGCACCAUCUUGCUAGUGCUAUGGGACAAUCCACACUCCGCCUCCAUCUCUCCCCCCCGCCUCCCCUCUACCCCUGCCUCCCCUCUCCCCCCUCCUCCCCUCUACCUCCCAGAGCCACACAAAGACACAAACCUUCACAGAACCACCAGGGAAUCUCCCUCCUGCUGAAAGAAAGAGACAGACGCUCCCACGAGAGAGAGGGAGAGAGAAAGAGAGAGAGAGAUGGGAGGACAAAGGGCAGAAAGUAGUGACAGGGAUGGAGAGUGACAUGGAAAAAGAGAAAGUGUGAGAGGGAGAAAGAAAUGAGAGAGGAUGUGGAGAGUGACAGAAUGUACAUAACUUUGGCAUGAAAGGGGGAAAGGAGCAGAGAGAAAGGUGAAUGACAUAAAUAGACAGAUUGUCAUAGAUGAAUAGAAAUUGUGUGUGUAUCUACAGUGCCUUCAGAAAGUAUUCAUACCCCUUGACUUAUUCCACAUUUUGUUGUGCUAAAGCCUGAAUUCAAAAUGUAUUCAAUAUAUUUUUUCUCUCACCAAUCUACACACAAAACCCCCUAAUGACAAAGUGAAAACAUGUUUUUUAGAAAUGUUAGCAAAUUUAUUGCAAAUAAAAUACAGAAAUAUCUAAUUUACAUAAGUAUUCACACCACUGAGUCAAUUAUUUGUAGAAGCACCUUUGGCAGCGAUUACAGCUGUGAGCCUUUCUGGGUAAGUCUCUAAGAGCUUUCCACACCUGGAUUGUGCAACAUUUGCCCAUUUAUUAUUUUCAAAAUACUUCAAUCUGUCAAAUUGGUUGUUGAUCAUUGCUACACAACCAUUUUCAGGUCUUUCUAUAGAUUUUCAAGUAGAUUUAAAUCAAAACUGUAACUCGGCCAUUCAAGAACAUUCACUAUUUUCUUGGUAAGCAACUCCAGUGUAGAUUUGGCCUUGUGUUUUAGGUUUUUGUCCUGCUGAAAGUUGAAUUAAUCUCCCAGUGUCUGGUGGAAAGCAGACUGAACCAGGUUUUCCUCUAGGAUUUUGCCUGUGCUUAGCGCCAUUCCGUUUCUUUUUUAUCCUUAAAAACUCUCCAGACCUUAACAAUUACAAGCAUACCCAUAACAUGAUGCAGCCACCACUAUGCUUGAAAAUAUGGAGAGUGGUACUCAGUAAUGUGUUGAAUUGGAUUUGCCUCAAACAUAACACUUUGUAUUCAUGACAAAAAUGUAAUUGCUUUGCCACAUUUUUAGCAAACAGGAUGCAUGUUUUGGAAUAUUUUCCUUCUGUACAGGCUUCCUUCUUUUCACUCUGUCGAUUAGGUUAGUAUUGUGGAGUAACUGCAAUGUUGUUGAUCCAUCCUCAGUUUUCUCCUAUCACAGCCAUUAAAUCUGUAACUGUUUGGCCUCAUGGUGAAAUCCCUGAGCAGUUUCCUUCCUCUCCGGCAACUGAGUUAUGAAGGACGCAUGUAUCUUUGUAGUGACUGAGUGUGUUGAUACACCAUCCAAAGUGUAAUUAAUAAUUUCAACAUGCUCAAAGGGAUAUUCAAUGUCUGCUUUUUUCUUUUUUUAAAUCUACCAAUAGUUGCCUUUGCGAGGCAUUGGAAAACAUCCCUGGUCUUUGUGGUUGAAUCUGUGUUUGACAUUCACUGCUUGACUGAGGGACCUUACAGAUAAUUGUAGGUGUGGGGUACGGAGAUGAGGUAGUCAUUCAAAAAUCAUGUUACACACUAUUAUUGCACACAGAGUGAGUCCAUGCAACUUGUUAUGUGACUUGUUAAUCACAUUUUUUAUCCUGAAUUUAAUUAGGCUUGCCAUAAUAAAGGGGUUGAAUACUUAUUGACUCAAGACAUUUCAGCUUUCAUUUUAAACGAGUUUGUAAACAUUUUGAAAAAACAUAAUUCCACUUUGACAUUAUGGGGUAUUGUGUGUAGGCCAGUGACAAAAAAGUAUACAUUUAAUCAAUUUUAAAUUCAGGCUGUAAAAAGUCUAGGGGUGUGAAUACUUUCUGAAGUGACUGUAACGUUAUGUGCACAUUUCUUGGAUAUUUGCUCAUUAGUUUACUUGAUUGUGUGUGUGUGAGUGUGUGUGGGUUGGUGUUAUGUUACAGUAGAGAUCCCUCUCUGUGUGUAGAGUAAGUGGGAGACAUGAGGACACACUGUUACACUGAACUAAUUAAAUUACUACGGGACUGAGACUAAUGGUGUACCCCCCCCCCACACACACACACACACACACCCAACAUACACCACACACACACACACACACACACACACACACACACACACACACACACACACACACACACACACACACACCCCUGAGAAGCACUGCUCUCCUCUUGCGUUGGGCAGUGAUGUGCAUAAUUUACCUCCAUAAUCAUCUGCCUUUCAUUUUCUCUCCUCUCUCCCUUUCUCUCUCUCUCCCUCUCCCUCCCUCUCCCUCCCUACCUCCCUCCCUCUCUCCCUCUCUCUUUCUUCAGGUAAACCAGUGAUGAUUAUCACAGAGUACAUGGAGAAUGGUUCGCUGGAUGCAUUUCUGAGGGUAAGUGAUACAGUGUGUGUGUGGAUUCAACUCUGUGUGUGGUAUGUGUCUGCUUACGUAUGUUCAGAACUCUAGCUUGACUAUUACAGCCGUUAUCCGCUUAAUGAAUGUCAAACAAGCAACAUCAUCAAGAUUAUGAUUACUUACUCUACUCUACAAUCAUCAUCACAUCCUGCCACUGCAUACAAACAUUACCUAACAUGAUUUGUUUGUUUGCUUCUCUAGAAGAAUGACGGGCGUUUCACGGUGAUCCAGCUGGUGGGCAUCUUGCGUGGCAUCGCGUCGGGCAUGAAGUACCUGUCUGAUAUGAGCUAUGUCCACAGAGACCUGGCUGCACGCAACAUCCUGGUCAACAGCAACCUGGUGUGUAAGGUGUCUGACUUCGGCAUGUCACGAGUACUGGAGGACGACCCCGAGGCUGCAUACACCACCAGGGUAAGAGUGUGUGUGUGCACAAGUUUGUGUGUGUGGCUGUAGUGUUAAUCAAUUUCAGCAUUUUAUGCUUGUAUGUAUCUAUGUAUUUGGUACAGUGUGAGCGAUACUUACAGCCUGUUACCUGUCAAUCACAGGGAGGGAAGAUCCCCAUUCGCUGGACAGCCCCAGAGGCCAUCGCCUACAGGAAGUUCACCUCGGCCAGCGACGUGUGGAGCUACGGCAUCGUCAUGUGGGAAGUGAUGUCGUAUGGGGAGAGGCCAUAUUGGGACAUGAGUAACCAGGAUGUAAGUCUACAAUAAGAACAUAUUCAGGUUUAAAACGUAAAAUAAUAAUUAUGUUAUGUCAUUAUAAAAAGUAUUAUCUGUGCAAUUACAGCUGUACAAUUUUCAUGAUUCCAUCCUAUUAUUCAAUUAUAAAAAUUGUAAUCUAGCUCACAGUCUACCGUCAACCCUAACCUCUAACCUUUGCCCUCUCUCCCCCCAGGUGAUCAAGGCCAUAGAUGAGGGGUACAGGCUUCCCCCACCCAUGGACUGCCCCGUGGCACUGCACCAGCUGAUGCUGGACUGCUGGCAGAGGGAGAGGGGCGACAGGCCCAAGUUUGGCCAAAUCGUCAACAUGCUGGACAAACUGAUCCGGAACCCCAACAGCCUGAAGAGGACUGGAGGAGAGACCACACGGUGAGACAGGGAUUUCCUGGUUUAUUCACUAUUAUUGGAAUGUGUGUAAUCAGUACUGUUUUAUAUACUUCCAUACAACAUUAACUGAAUGGUACACCUUGUAAAAUACAGUAUGCGUUCUAAUAGAGUUGAGAAUUACAAUGGUAGCUAGCAGUAUGUAAUAAAAAGCCCCCUUUAAAUAGGAGCCAUUACUCCUAGGAAGACUUAUGUGUGUUUAUAGACCCAGAACUAGUCGGGGAGGGAAGUCUUUUCCACUUUAACACAGGGAGAGAGGGAGAGAGAGAGAGGGCGAGAGACGGGGAGAAGGGGAGAGAGAGUCCUAGAGGAGUAAUUAGUGGAACUGAAUCCCAUGAACAGCUUUUACAGUUAAAGAAGGGGGAGGGAUGUUCUACAGGGGUGGGGGUGGAGAGGGGGUGUAGCAACAUAUCAAAUCCACAUACUGGUUCCAUGGCUCAGGGUGGUAGAGAUGGAGAAAGACGCUCAAAGCACCACAGUAUUUCACAACAACUUUCGCAACAAAGUAAGGGGCCUGUGUACUACCCCAGAGCUCCCCCCACCCCACCCUGACCCCUCCAACAGUCCCCAGCCCCCCCAGCCAGACCAAAGUGGCGCUUGAACCCAGCAGCCCAAGCCUUUCAGCCAACACCUGUUAAAUUAUGGAGGAGGGGAGGAGGGGAGGAGGGGAGCAGUGGAGCGGGACCGUAGUGAGCGUGCUCAAUCCCUCACCUCGGCCACACCAGCCCUGGGUAAAUAUUUGAUGGCAGACAUCGUUGUGAAGGAGGGAUGGAGGGAUGGAAAAGGAGGGGGAAUGUAGUUCUCUGUUGGUGUGUGCCUUUAAAGAACGACAUGAGUCAUGAUGAAUAUCUGCAUGCUGGGGGAGAAGCAGUGUGAGGUUAAAGCCACAGUGUGUGUUGUUAAUGUUUUCUAUUUAAAUAAGGAUUAACUAACCGUGUCAGUGACACCAGGGAGAAACUGUGUUUCACUUGGCUUCUGUCUUGGAGGACAAAUAGAGAUGGGAGGCAUGCUAGCGCUUAGUUUGACUAACCUGCUGAUUCCAUCAGAAAAAAUAUGUGACAGAAAGAUAGAAGAGAGGCUGAAGAAUUACAGUUCCUUUUUCAAAGUCUCAGGGUAGACUGUAGUUCACAUGUGCCUGGCCCCUGGGAUAGGCUAAUGUCAGAUGAUGAAAAACAUCACUACCCAUAAGGCCAGAGGGCACCGUGUUUCUCCCUCCUCCUCAGGUCCUGAUUUAAUUGGUUGAGUAACAGGUGAGGGGAUGUAAGAAACAAGAGCAGUGCCAUUCUAAUCCAUCAGUUUCUUACUGCCAAGUCAUUUGACAACAGUUUCUCAAAAUGGUGGUUUAGGUAGCUUGAUACACAGUUAGUGGGUUGAGGCUUAUUCAUUUCGGUCAAUGGGUGAAGAUUGUAGUUAUAAAAAAAAUAAAGUAUUUAUUUAUUUGGUGGGUCAAAAGAAAACAUACUAAAGAUUUAGGUGGGUUAGACAACAGAAAGGUUUAGGUACCGUUGCUUUAAUAUAGUGGAAGUUGUCUGGAUGUAGACUGACCCUCUCCCACUCCAUCCCUCUCUGUCCCCAGACCCAGUACCACCCUCCUGGAGCCGGUCAGCCCGGAGGUGGCCUCGGCCCUGGGCUCUGUGGAGGACUGGCUGCAGGCCAUCGGCAUGGAGAGAUACAGUGACAACUUCACCGCAGCAGGAUACACCACCCCAGAGGCUGUGGUUCAUAUGACACAGGAGUGA